AUGGUUGGGGGGCGGGAGGGAAAGAUGGCGGAACUGAUGCUGCUCAGCGAGAUUGCGGACCCAACACGUUUUUUCACCGAUAACUUGCUGAGCCCGGAGGACUGGGGUCUGCGGAACAGUACCUUGUAUACUGGCCUGGAUGAUGUGGCAGAGGAGCAGACGCACCUCUUCCGUUGCCCAGAGCAGGAUGUCCCGUUUGGCAGCAGUUCCCUGGACGUGGGGAUGGAUGUUAGCCCUCCUGAGCCCCCCUGGGAUCCCCUGCCUAUCUUCCCAGAUCUUCAGGUGAAGUCUGAGCCGUCCUCUCCCUGCUCCUCUUCCUCCCUCAGCUCUGAGUCAUCUCGUCUUUCCACAGAGCCCUCUAGCCAGGCCCCUGCUGUAGGGGAGGUGCUGGUUGUGAAGACAGAAUCCUUGGCACCCCCAUUCUGCCUCCUAGGAGAUGAUCCAACAUCCCCAUUUGAAACGGUCCAGAUCAAUGUGGGUCCCACCUCUGACGACCUCUCAGAUGUCCAGACCAAGCUAGAGCCUGUCUCCCCAUCUUCCUCCAUCAACUCCGAGGCUUCCCUGCUCUCAGCAGAGUCCCCCAACCAGGCUUUUAUAGGAGAGGAGGUACUGGAAGUGAAGACAGAGUCACCAUCCCCUCAAGGGUGUCUCCUGCGGGAUGUCCUAGGCCCCCCACUUGGAGGUGUCCAGAUCAGCAUGGCCCCAUCCUCUGAUGGCUCCUUAGGCAAAGCCCUGCCCACCCGGAAGCCACCGCUGCAGCCCAAACCUGUGAUGAUAACCACUGUCCCAAUGCCACCCAGACCUGUGCCUCCUAGUACCACCAUCCUUUUGCAGCCUCUUGUCCAGCCACCCCCAGUGUCACCAGUUGUCCUCAUCCAAGGUGCUAUUCGGGUCCAGCCUGAGGGGCCAGCCCCCCCUGCUCCAAGGCCUGAGAGGAAGAGCAUUGUUCCAGCUCCUAUGCCUGGGAACUCCUGCCCACCUGAAGUGGAUGCAAAGCUGCUGAAGAGGCAGCAGCGAAUGAUCAAGAACCGGGAGUCGGCCUGCCAGUCUAGGAGGAAGAAGAAGGAGUAUCUGCAGGGGCUGGAGGCUCGGCUGCAGGCCGUGCUGGCCGACAACCAGCAGCUCCGCAGGGAGAAUGCUGCCCUCCGGCGGCGGCUGGAGGCCCUGCUGGCGGAAAACAGUGAGCUCAAGUUAGGGUCUGGAAACAGGAAGGUGGUCUGCAUCAUGGUGUUCCUUCUCUUCAUUGCCUUCAACUUUGGACCUGUCAGCAUCAGUGACCCUCCUCCGGCUCCCAGAUCCCCUCGGAUGAGUGGAGAGGAGCCUCGACCCCGGAGACACCUGCUGGAAUUCUCAGCGCAAGAGCCGGUUCAUGGAGUUGAACCCCUCCAGGCUUCCUCCCUGGGCCCUGAGGAGCCUCAGCCCAGCCCUCCAGGCCGGCCAAGUUUCAGGAACCUGACAGCCUUCCCAGGGGGCGCCAAGGAGUUGCUUCUGAGAGACCUGGACCAGCUCUUCCUUUCCUCUGAUUGCCGGCACUUCAACAGGACCGAGUCCCUGAGGCUUGCGGAUGAGCUGAGCGGCUGGGUCCAGCGCCACCAGAGAGGCCGGCGGAAGAUCCCCCAGAGGGCCCAGGAGAGACAGAAGUCUCAGCUAUGGAAGAAAUCACCUCCAGUUAAGGCAGUCCCAACCCAGCCCCCGGGGCCCCCAGAAAGGGAUUCUGUGGGCCAACUGCAGCUGUAUCGCCACCCAGACCGUUCACAGCCAGAGUUCCUGGAUGCAAUUGACCGACGAGAAGACACGUUUUAUGUUGUGUCCUUCCGACGAGACCACUUGCUGCUCCCCGCCAUUAGCCACAACAAGACCUCUCGGCCCAAGAUGUCCCUGGUGAUGCCUGCCAUGGCCCCCAAUGAGACCCUGUCAGGCCGGGGGCCUCCAGGGGACUAUGAGGAGAUGAUGCAGAUCGAGUGUGAGGUCAUGGACACCCGGGUGAUUCACAUCAAGACUUCCACGGUGCCCCCCUCGCUCCGAAAACAGCCAUCCUCGACCCCGGGCAAUGCCACAGGUGGCCCCUUGCCAGCUUCUGCAGCUGGCCAGGCACGCCAGGCGUCCCACCAGCCCCUCUACCUCAAUCACCCCUGACCUGUGCAACUCACACUAUCUUAGAGCUGGUGGUGGGGGACGGGAGGUGGGGGUGACCAAGUGAGGCUUUUCUAAGUUCUCUGAUCCCUGGGCUUGGGGCAAUUGGUAAAGGAAAGACAGGGUGUGGGGUUAAGCACUUAUUUGGAGGUGAGGGGGUUUACCUCUCUUCUCACCCCUUUUUGGAAUAUAGGGCUCCUCUCAUUUCUCUAAACCCCUAAUUCCUGCUUCUUUCUUUGAGAUUAAGUUUUGGGGUGGGUGGACUCCUGCACACUCUUUAUUCUUUUGUUUCUCUGUUUAGGGGGGUGGAGGGGGGAAUUUAGUCCCCAGGAGGGACAAGGGACAUUUUUACAUUUUGGAGCUAGUAACUGGGAGUAAAGGAGGGGUGGUGGUGGGAGAUCAGGUUUACGUAUAUGUAUAUCUUCUUUUUUAUUAUUAAAUAAACAAC